AUGGAUAAUAGACCAAACUAUGGAGCAUUCCGUCCCCCUAAUCCUCCCCCAAGAGGCAUCAAUCCUAAUAUAGCAGGGGCAAAUCCCGAAGGAGUUUAUGAAAUCGUUUUCACAGAUACAAACGAAAUACUGUAUGUACACUCAGAUAUGCCUAUCAGAGUACGCUGUAGAUAUUGAGGCCACAUAGGAAUAUCAAAGGUUAAGACUUCAUGCAACUGGGAUGAUACAUGCUUUCUUUUAUUCAUGCUAUUGUUCUUCUUUAUCUUUUAUUGUUGUAUACCUGCUGUAUGAGCACGCACAAGAGAAUCAGCCCAUCACUGAGAAAGAUGUGACAGAGAGAUCCUAAAAGUUAGCAUUGGCCAUGAAUAACACAGAAGACUCUUAACUAAUCAGAGAAGAGCCAUAUAAUCUAUCAUUAGGAGUUAAAAAUGCGC